AUGGAGUUGCUUUGGCUCUUCAUCAUUCCAGCGAUUCCCGUCGCUCGCUCACAUUUGACUUCCAACCACUUCCCGGGCUACGGGUUCUCCUGGUACAGCCCUAACUGUGGUUUCUCUUGCUACAAUGCAGUCUCAUCGGCCAGCCUCUCGUGCCCCAAAACCGACUCUUCUGAUGGUCACUCCAUGGGUAUGGAUAUGGAUAUGGCUGCUGGAGCACCGACGCCAAGCUGCCAAGCACAGAAUCUACCAUUCUUAGAGACUAUAGCUUACUGUAUGAGCAAAAGAUGUAGCGCAGACGUUCCAGUCUGGAAAAGAGAAGAAUUCUGGGCGACUAAACUCAUUGCCGACCUUGUGCCGAAAUGGACUUACUCCGAGACGCUCAUAGAACUCGGAAAUUCGACGCCUACCAUGGUUUAUAAUGCAAGCUCGACCGAGGUCAUGACCAUGCCCAUGGUGAUUAGCGACGCCAGUUAUGAGACGCAAUUUAAGUUCAAUCGACUUUUUGACCACAUCGAAAUGCUGCAAGCUCGAUAUGUCAUUGUCAUUGUCGUCCUAGGCUUUGGCAUUCCGAUCUUAUGCACACUCAUUCGCAAGCUGCCGUUCGCGACUGGCCUACUCGACAAGCUCAAACCAUAUCUUGUGUACCCGUCUACGAUAGGCUCGUAUCAUGUUCGUCCGCUACCUUGGCUCAUCGGCAACGCACCGACUGUCGGGCAAGCUGCUUAUAUACUUUUUUUCUUUACCCUUAAUGUCAUUUUGAGCUCAGUGAACUAUGGUAGUUCGCAGCCGCAUCCAUGGGGCUUUUCGAAGAGAGAGGAGAUCCUCUCUUGUAUUGGCUAUCGCACUGGACAUAUAGGGUAUGGCCUUCUGCCCCUUGUCAUUCUGUUCUCAAGCCGCAACAACUUCUUGCUCUGGAUCACCAACUGGUCAUACGGCACGUACCUCUUGCUGCACCGCUGGAUCGCUCGCAUCUUCGCCGUCCAAGCCAUCGUACACAGCAUUACGCUAUUGUUGUGUUAUCAAGGAUCAGGAAGCUAUCCAGUCGAGUCCAUUAAGCCAUAUUGGUCGUGGGGUAUCGUCGCUACUGUAUUGACAUGUGCUAUGCUGGUCUUGAGCGUUCUCUAUUUCCGCCGCCUCGCCUAUGAGAUCUUCCUUAUCUUUCACAUAAUACUUGCUGUCUUCGUCAUCGUGGGCUGCUGGUACCAUGUCAUCCUAAGAUGGGGAUACAACUUCUACGACAACUGGCUCUAUGCUGCCAUCGCAGUGUGGUUCUUUGAUCGGGCUGUCCGCGUGUUACGCGUGUUCAAGAAUGGCAUGCAGUACGCCCAUGUCACCGAAGUGGGAGACAAAUACAUCCGUGUUGAUGUAUCUGGUGUCCGGUGGGCGGCGAAGCCAGGCUAUGUUGGCUACAUUGGGUUUCCAACUCUGCAUCCGCUGCGACCGUGGGAGAACCACCCUUUCUCCAUCAACUCGUCCGUAUUGUUUCGAAGCCACACGCAUGCUCCAGAACUAGCGUCUUCGGACGAUUGCAUAUCGGCGAGCAGUCACACCGAAGGAAAAUGUCCAAGCGAUAUAGCAUCGGUUACUCCCGUGACUCCUGUGACACGCAACGUCAAAGAUCUAGCAACUACGACAGGCUUGUCUUUUAUUAUCAAGAAGAGGACCGGCAUAACGAAAAAGUUGAACAAGAACGCUCAGCUACUUACAAUGCUGGAUGGACCAUAUCCACAUUCAGCCAGCACUGAGGCCCUGGAGGCUGAUCAUUUGUUGUUGCUCGGAGGUGGUAUCGGUAUCACCGGUCUGCUGGGUUGGCUCUCCGUCCAUCCAAACGUCAAGUUGGCGUGGAGUGUCAAAGCGUCAGAUCAAGCUUUAGUUGAUGAGAUGAGGACGGCUAUCGGAAACGUCGCUGACAAGCAGAUUUUUGUCGGACAACGCUUCGCUAUCAAGGGCUUGCUUCAGAAGGAGAUCGAUGUUGGCUACAAGAAAGUGGGUGUUAUCGUGUGCGGUCCUGCAGAGAUGUGCGACGAGGCUCGAGCUUUAGUGGCCGGCCUGGGGAGAGGCAAGAAGACUGUAUUUAAUUUGCAUGUAGAUGCGUUUUCAUGGUAG